CACCUGCCGGCGGCGGGAGGCGGACUGGGGCAGGGCGGGAGCGCGGGAGGGGUCCGCGUCCGGCUCCGCCUGGAACCGGGGCGCCGGCGGUGGGGGGUGGGGGAGUGCGCCUACUGCUGGGCGCGCCCCUCGGGUCUGGCGGCCUCCGAGGUGCUUCCCACGUCCGGAUCAGCGCGGGAUGCCCCGCGCCGGCAGCCUGCGUCCGGCAGGCGCCCGGAGAGCCGGGAGGCCCGGGCGGCGGAGCGGUCACCAAAGCCAGCUCUGCUCUUCUCUCCCUCCGUCUCGCCAAGCCGUCUCAAGAAUGGGGAGCGCCCGGGCGCCGGCCAGCGGUCCGGCUUGGCUCUUAGAGAGGCGAGCCCCUAUUCCCCCUUUCUGCGCGCUUCGCAUCCCUCUUCUCCCGGCACCCCUCACCCUUUCUGUUAAGAAGAUGAGGCUUAAAGGGCUCGUCUUCCCUGGACCUUAAGGCCAACGGCAGGAAUUCGGGCAGAGCCUGUGGGCAGAUGGUGUCGGGUAGGGGCGCAGUCUUUUGACUCGCGACGGACCAGGGGCAAUGACCCUCCUAGCAGAGAAGAACCGCGGGGAGCAACUCGUGGACGAGUUUCUUUACGUGCUUCCCUCGAACUUCAACACAAAACAAGUACGAGUCUAAAAGUAGAGGGAAAGCGAGAUGGCUGUGGCCGGGACGCGGGUAGAAGGUGUUCCCCGCCCCUGCCCCCCGCCCCCCAACGCGCAGGCGUCUCUGGGCAGUCAGGGGAGGGGCACUAAAGGGUGGGAAGAGACAGGGGGCGCCGUCCGCUGGAGGAGCGCUCGGAGAGGCAGAACCCGAACCCAAGCCGCGCCCUGGAGGUGGUUCCGCAGGACUGGCCUGGGCUCCCCGCGCGCCCAGGGCGAGAAGUGACCGGCACCGGCCAGGAAGCAGGCGGGGCCGAUGGAGGAGGCCAGAGGGGCAGCGGGGGUCAGAGGCCUUCCUUUGGGGUUUCCCCCUGCACCUUAGCCUUCCCCCUGAAGGAAGCCGAGAGCGGCAUCAGCUGCCUCACAGCCUCAGCUUGUCUCAGGAUGUGGUCAUCUCACCUGGAAGGUGUGGGAUUAGGGUCAUACCAGGUGCGGGGAACGCUUUGCCUUCUCCCCGAGCUUAGCGUGGGGUUUGCGGGAGACAGUGUGACUCGGACAAUCUCCAGAGGUGGCAAGGGGCUUGGUGUUCCUUCCACUAGGGGCUGUGAGCUUCCUCCCCUCCGGGUCCCUGGCGCCCAUGGGGUUUCACGCUCCCCAGGUGGUUGGCUCCUGGAACUUUAGGGGCCUGGGGUGAAUUGUGGGGCUUCCGCACCCCAGCAGGAGUUCCUGAGCUGCCCUCUAGAUGCCUCACUUUCAUUCACCCAUGAGGACUUCCUCAGGUCCUCAGCAGCCCACACCUCUUUUCCUCAUUUCCGUGGAAACUGAUGCAGGCUUUCUGGCUUUCCCUACUCUCCAGGGCUCAAAUCCUAGGUCUGGGGGCUGCAGAAAUGUCACCCCAAGUCCCCAGACCCCUGAGAAGACAGGCCAGGUCAGGCCUGCCCUCAAUUGAAAAAUCAAGUCCUCACAGCAACGGGGUGGAAUGGGGGAUGCACUUUCUGAGGUUGUGCGAUAGCUUCAGAGGUCCCCUGGGAGUGUGGAUGACUACUUCUACCUGGAGGGAAAGUAGGGAUGGGGCACAAAUGCAUUGAAAUUCAGAACUCGUGGCAUUAGGAUAGUCUGAGAUCUAAGUCCACCUCUAGGCAGGAGGAAGCCUCCUUGGGAAACACACUGAGCCUAGUCCGGGGGCACCUGAGGCUGAAGACCUUUCUUUGCCCUGCUGGACACCCUCCUUUGGCCCUGGCUGGACACAUUAUGAGAGCCUCCUCUCCAUACUCUGCUCCUUAGACCAUCCAAAGUGAUUGUACGUUACUGACCUGAGUAAUUUCAAAAUCUUUCUCCCGAACAGCACUGCUGAGCCAGGCUAGGCUGCAGGACUCACCCUGACUUCCUCCUUGUCCUGGGCAGAGGAGGAGGGCUCUGUGGUUUCCCAGCUCCACCACCCCACGCACAGCAGUGGGCCUGACCAUGUGGAGGGGUGGUCAUCAGGGUAGCUUGCCUUCUCCUCUGGGUCGACAGAGCUUUCUUCCGUACACCUCCACUUAGCCACGAUUGGUAGCUACUGAUGACUAUCACUGGUCUGUUCUAGAACCAAGGCCUCUAGGCAGAGGGUGCAGGUGGGAACUACAAAUACCAGUGCUGUGAACCACACACAAUGUAUAAUGACCGCCAGCAAGGCCUGGGGACUGGGGAAUGAGCUACAGGGUAGAGGAUUGAGAAUUUGGUCUUGGGGACACGAGUGUCAGUUUCCCCAUGUACCUUCCCUCCCCCAGUUCACAGUGAGUCAGAUUUCCGAGUUGUCUGGUCUGGCCACUUUCAUUUCCCCUGGGGCUGGGCGGAGGUUGGUUCAGAAAGGGGAACUGAGCCACCAGUCUUCUGAGGCCUGGGGACAGGCCUGGGGGCUCUCCCACUCUCCCUGUCCUAGCCCAGAGCUGGGCACUGCUCUGAGGAGAGGCCUGCAGAUGGAGACUUCAUAGCAGCGUGGAGGUGGUACUUCGCAACUCCAGCCCCAAAAUGCACUGGGCAGGGAACUUCUGGGGAAACUGAGCCCCAAGCAAGCCUGGAACGAUAGGGUCCACACCUGACCAUCUUGUUCCGAUCUCCCAUCUAAGGCAGGUCCGGAAGUCCACCUGGGCUUGAGUACCCCCAGAAGCCAGUUGCUCCCAGGCCUAGCCUAUUUGUUGCAUGGCUUUAGCUGUUAAAAAGUUCUUUUUCAACCUGGGGCUACUUUGUCUCGGUGGAGGCUGUCCAGGUGUUGACUCAAACCCUAGUCCUUUUGUCACAUGGUGGUACCGCCAACGUUAAGGAUAGCUCUUGUCCCUAUCCACCGACCCAGAUGUCCCAUUUCCUUUAGCCAUUCCUUCCCUGACAGGCCUGCCCCACCGCGGACCCUUCCUUGCCUGUCACAGCCCCAGCGGCCUUCCUCUGACCUCUGGUCUCACCCCACUCUGAGUCAGAGGAGGAUCCUGGAGAGAGCAGGGCUGGUGGGGGGAGAAACAGCUGGAGGACAGAAUCGUCCAGCACUUGGGGUAUAUCAGUUGGCUGGUAUUUCUUAAGUCCCACUUAAGGCUGCUGUCCUGGUGAUGCAGGAGGGAGACCGAGGGGGCGGAUGGGAUUUCUCUCAAGAUGUCCAGCUGUGGGGAAGCUUCAUCCUUGAGGGAAACUGAGGAGGAAAGGAAGCUCUGAGGAACGGGUGGUGGGAACCCUCUCUCCAUUCACAUGCUGUGACUUGCUCUUCAGCCAGGUUUCCUAGAAGGUGAUACAGUGAGGGAGUUCUCCGGACGAGGAGAGGGGGGGCAGAAGGGAGGGAGGGAAGCAGGGUGGGGAGGAAGAAAGCUGAGCAAAGAGGUGGAAUGGGCUGGAGACAGCCUCCAGCCUGACCCCACAGGGAACUCUGGAGGACACGUCACACCAGUUCGCUCCACCUGAAGCAAGGAGGCUGGCUUUUUGUCCCCGCAUGUCCAUCAUUCAUCAGCUGUGGGCUGCCUAACUCUGGAGUGAGGCAGCAGUGAGCAGCUCUGUACCUUUGCGCCCCGUUCCAGCCUCACAGCAGCUGGGGAGUCACUGCCCCUUCUGACCCCUUUGCCAUGAACCAACCUGCCCCCAGGGCACCCCCUCCUCCCCGCCGCGUGCGACUGAAGCCCUGGCUGGUGGCCCAGGUGAACAGCUGCCAGUACCCAGGGCUGCAGUGGGUCAACGGGGAGAGGAAAUUCUUCUGCAUCCCCUGGCGCCAUGCCACGCGGCACGGCCCCAGCCAGGAUGGAGACAACACCAUCUUCAAGGCCUGGGCCAAGGAGACAGGAAAGUACACCGAGGGGGUGGACGAGGCGGACCCGGCUAAGUGGAAGGCCAACCUGCGCUGUGCCCUUAACAAGAGCCGUGACUUCCGCCUCAUCUAUGACGGACCCCGGGACAUGCCACCUCAGCCCUACAAGAUCUACGAGGUCUGCUCUAAUGGCUCUGCUCCCGCAGAGUCACAGCCCAGUGAGGACUACGCUUUCGGUGCAGGAGAGGAGGAGGAGGAGGAAGAGGAAAACGCAGGCUCGGGACCAUUCUUGACAGCGUCUGCCUGCGCUGACGUGCUCCAGAGGAUGUUACCAAGCCUGAGCAUCACAGAGGCGGUGCAGCCUGGCCCCCCCAUGGCACCCUAUUCUUUACCCGAAGAGGAUAAGUGGCCGCCCACUCUCCAGCCGCCUGUGGUGCUGGGCCCUCCUGCACCAGACCCCAGCCUCCUGGGCCCUGCCCCCGGCGACCCUGCUGGUUUUGGGGAGCUUCUCCCUGAGGUUCUGCCGAACCUGCAGCCUGGGCCCCUGGCUGCCAGUCUGCCCCCCACGGGCGAACAGCUCCUGCCCGACCUGCUGAUCAGCCCCCACAUGCUGCCUCUGACGGACCUGGAAAUCAAGUUCCAGUACCGGGGGCGGCCACCCCGGGCCCUCACCAUCAGCAACCCACAGGGCUGUCGGCUCUUCUACAGUCAGCUGGAGGCCACCCAGGAGCAGGUAGAGCUCUUCGGCCCCGUGAGCCUGGAGCAAGUGCGCUUCCCCAGCCCUGAGGACAUCCCGAGCGACAAGCAGCGCUUCUACACAAACCAGCUGCUGGAUGUCCUUGACCGCGGGCUCAUACUCCAGCUGCAAGGCCAAGAUCUGUAUGCCAUCCGCCUGUGCCAGUGCAAGGUGUUCUGGAGCGGGCCCUGCGCCUUGGCCCACGGCUCACAGCCCAACCCCAUCCAGCGGGAGGUCAAAACCAAGCUCUUCAGCCUGGAGCAUUUUCUCAAUGAGCUCAUCCUGUUCCAGAAGGGCCAGACUAACACUCCACCGCCAUUUGAGAUCUUCUUCUGCUUUGGGGAGGAGUGGCCUGACCGCAAACCCCGAGAGAAGAAGCUCAUCACUGUACAGGUGGUGCCUGUAGCAGCCCGGCUGUUGCUGGAGAUGUUCUCAGGGGAGCUUUCUUGGUCAGCUGAUAGUAUCCGGCUCCAGAUCUCAAACCCAGACCUCAAAGACCGCAUGGUGGAGCAGUUCAAGGAGCUCCACCACAUCUGGCAGUCCCAGCAGCGGCUGCAGCCUGUGGCCCAGGCCCCUCCUGUGGCAGGCCUCCGUGCCGGCCAGGGGGCCUGGCCCAUGCACCCAGCUGGCAUGCAACAAUGAGACUGAAGACAGUGACUGGUAUAGGCUUCCCAGGUGGCUGUGUGGGCUCAUGUGAAGGUAUGAUGGCCCCAAUGGGCACCUGACUGGCUGCAGGGCCCUCUAUCUGGGUCUCCUGGAAGAGGAUUUGCACCAAGGCGAGGGGAAGAGGUCCAAGUUCCAGGCUCUCUCCUGUAGCAUGAGGGAAGCUGGAAGCCAAUUUUGCUUUGAGGGCUGUCUCCCUGUAUGUGCCUCUCCUCUGCUCACUCUGGAGGAACUCAGCCAUUAGCCACAGUGAGCAGAUAAAUUAACUCCAUCAACCCUGGGGGCCUAGUUGAGAGGGAAUUGUCCCAGAGUGGCCCACUAUUAUGGUUGCCCCCAAUUCCUAAGGCAAAAAGAACCAAGUGCUGUGGGCCAUGCUCCCUCGCCAGGGCAUGGGCCUGAUUUGAUUUUGGGGCUUCCUAGUUUGGGCCUCACUUCCUCACAUCUCCCUCCUGAGAUAGACAGGUACUUAGGUAUCACACCAGAUCCUUAAGGCCGGCAGCUACCUCCUUCUUGAGAGUCUAAGAACGUGGGGUAGAAGUGGAAUUUAAUGUAUUUUUCAAUUAAUAAAUACUAAAAACAGA